AGCUGCUAAUAUGAACGUCCAACCUGCGGCCCUCCAGCUUUUAUUGAAGUGCAGCUUGCAAUGCAACAACAUCUGCAGGGCCGCAGGUUGGGGCUUCCCUGGAUUUAGUGCAUACAGAUCAUUUAUUUAAACUGUGGCUUAUCGGUUAGUGAGUGAGGAGGUGUCUAUGAUCCUUUCUUUAUGAGGCGGAAUAGGGUGGGGGCGGGGAUGUGGAUCUGCUCAUUCUGCACCCAUUUGUGCAUCAUUUGUGGGGGGUCCGUAUCAGACUGCAAAACCGGAGAUGGAACUGAGGGGAGGGAUGGAGGGUAUGAAAGUAGGGCUUGACUGACUGAAUGGGCAAGGAAGGCUCAGCCUCAAUGCAAAAUGUGUGGGAAAGGCACGGCCAUAGUGCAGUUAGAAGCAUCCUUUCAACAGCUGUCAGCAGAUGUGAGAAUUGUAGUUCAGCAACAUCAUAAGAACUGCAGGAUAGACUUUAUUAGGAUAGUGACAGAAUGGCCAUGACCUGUAUAUUAGGGAAGCCUGUGAUCCCCAAGGUGAGGGUGGGUAUUGUCCCCCAACAAUGACUGCUGACCAAAAUAUUUGAUAUUGACAGAUAUAUUAAUUGAUAUCUGUAGGGAACAAUAUAUUCUCCAUUAGAUAAUAUAAGGAUAUUAGGUAUUAUUAGGGUGAGGUACUUUUAUACUGGUGCUGGACCUCUGAAGCCAAAUCUAAUAUCCUCAUUGUAUAAAGGCGUAUAUCAUUAUUUUGUAAUGUACAAGUUUCCAUGAGUUAAGGCAAAUAACAUCACUAGGCACCAUUUAUUAAGGGUAUUGUGUGUGUGUGUGUGUGUGCUACAGAACAUCUAGGGAGCAUAGCUUUUGUGGUACAGGUGAUGCUUUUGAAUGAGGGCAAGACCAAUGAUUGACAGGACAGCGGGGAUCACAGACUUCUAAAAAGACUAGUAUAUGUCUUUGUUGUAGUAGGGUCAAGACUGACUCCUGAACUAGGUUGUGAUCUGUGAUAUUAUUUUAUGAACAUGGCUUCAGGUGCCUUCCUUCUGUGUUUGUGCCUUUCUGUUCUCUGCUCUAUUGGUUCUGACUUGAGACAAUGUAUCCAACUGAUGUACCUAACCUGUGAAGAAGCAUGCAAAGCUAAUUUUUUUUGCUUAAUUAAUUCAAGAGUGAGCUUCUUCUCUUCGUGAAAUCCAGUAAGUUCUCUGCUUACUUCACUAUGGCGCAUUUCCAGUAGUGGAGAUCUUCCUGGGUGGAAGCCUGAUAAAACAAAAUUUCCCCAGAAACAUAUUUGAAAGACACUGUCAGUAUGGAGAGUGAGGCAGGGUUGUCGCCAGCUAGGGGCCUGGAUAAGCAAACCGAGGAAAAUAAUUCAGACAGCCCACCAUUGGACCUGGCCGAAGAACAUGGGCAUGAUGGAGACUCAGGGAAUGCUGGCUCCUCUGAUACUUUAUUUGCAGGCCAGAAGGAAGGUUCAGAGGUUAAACAGAGGAAAGCAGACGUUUAUAUUGACUUAGACAAUGAGAAGAGCCCACCAGCCCAAUCUGCUGAUGAAAAUGGAGAUCCUUCUGAGAAUGCCAACUGCCUUGAAGAUAAGACUGCUGGUGAACCUCCAGAAAAGCAAGCAGACUCUCCACAGCCUAGCCAAACUGCAACAAGGAGAAUGAGAAUGAGGCCAACUUUAAAACCUCGCACUUCUGUAUCUCACGGUGUAGACAGUAGCCUGAGCUCUGAUGUAGCAUCCACACCACAAAAUAAAGGAACAGCCCAACCAGGCAACUCUUCUCCCCAGGACAGCGAUGGGGACCCUAAAACCCCAACAGGAGACAGUCCAAAUGAGAAAGGUACUGGAUCAGAGAAGACAUCAGGGCAAAGGAAAUCUGGAGAGUUUGAAAAGCCCCUGAGUGCUGUAACUUCUGCUGAAGAUGCUGCUGAUUGGGAGCAGAAGCGUAGUGACCGUGCCCGUCGCUCUGAGACACUGAGGGCUGAAGGACUGGCAUCAUCUCAAAGUAUGCAGAUUUCCGAUGAGGACUCCGAUGCUAUGGUCGAUGACCCAACCGACGAAGACUUUGUUCCAUUUAGAUCACGCCGUCCAACACGCAUGUCUCUUCGAAACCAAAUUCCACCUCGCCCCCCUAAACCAAUACUCACUAAGAUGACCUGUGCCAACUGCCGUACUCCUUUGCGGAAAGGGCAGACUGCAUAUCAGCGGAAGGGUCUUCCCCAGCUGUUCUGUUCAUCUGCUUGUCUCACUACCUUCUCUAAGAAACCCUUGGGCAAGAAGACAUGUACCUUUUGUAAAAAGGAUAUCCGUACCUCCAAAGAUGCAGUGGUUGCCCAGACUGGGGCAGGUGGAUCAUUCCAAGAGUUCUGCUCCUCUGCCUGUCUCUCAUUAUAUGAGGCACAGCCACGUUCCAGCUCCCAGGCUUCUUCAGACAGUGGUGAUAUCAUAAAGUGUAGCAUCUGCCAUAAAAGUGGAGAGAUUCAGCAUGAGGUUAGCAACGGGAAUGUGGUUCACAGACUGUGCAGCGAUUCCUGUUUCACUAAAUUUCGUGCCACUAAGGGCCUAAAAACAAACUGCUGCGAUAACUGUGGCAUCUACAUUUAUAACAAGGGUUUGCCACUGGAGUAUCUCUUCCAUGAGGGCCAGCAGAAACGCUUCUGUAACGCAGCCUGUCUGAACAACUACAAAAAGAAAAACACCAAGGUAUACCCUUGCAUGUACUGCAAGACACUCUGUAAGAAUUUUGAGAUGCUUUCGAAUGUAGACAAAAAUGGUCGUAUGGGUCUUUUCUGCUCAAUCUGCUGCAUCACUUCACAUAAGGUCAAGCAGUCGGGGUUAACUGGUCCUGCUCGACCUUGCAGUCUGUGUCGGCGCAGUUUACCUGAGCCGGCAUACUAUAAUAAGACCGAAAGGGUUCUCUACCAGUUCUGCAGCCCAAGCUGUUGGACCACUUUCCAGCGCACCAGCCCAGAAGGCGGCAUACACCUUAACUGCCAUUACUGCCAUAACUUGUUUACAGGAAAGCCAGAGAUUCUUGACUGGCAGGACCACGUAUACCAGUUUUGCUGUAAAGAUUGCUGCGAUGAUUACAAGCGGCUGCAUGGGGUGGUGUCUCAGUGUGAAUACUGCAAGCAAGAGAAACUCCUCCAUGAAAAGAUCCGAUUUUCUGGUGUGGAGAAAAACUUCUGCAGUGAAGGCUGUGUGCUGCUUUACAAACAAGACUUCACAAAGAACCUGGGGCUGUGCUGUAUCACCUGCACUUACUGUUCUCAGACUUGCCAGCGGGCAGUUACUGAGGAGUUGGAUGGCAGCACCUGGGACUUCUGCAGUGAAGAUUGCAAGAGCAAGUACCUUUUGUGGUACUUUAAGGCUGCAAGGUGCCAUGCCUGCAAGCGUCAAGGCAAACUGGUGGAAACAAUUCACUGGCGUGGGGAAAUUAAACAUUUCUGUAAUCAGCAAUGUUUGUUACGCUUCUACAAUCAACAAAACCAGCCUAACCUUGACACACAGAAAGGGCCCGAGAGCUUGCUCUAUAGUAAAAAGGGUCAAAAUGCAGGAUCCAAACCUUCAGCAAAUGCCCAGCCAAAAACAGAAACCAAUGCGUCUUCCCCAAAACCUCGGACGGCGCAAGUUUCUCCCCCACCUCCACCCCAACCUCCAUCUAGCACACCUCGCAAGAACAAAGCUGCUAUGUGCAAACCCCUAAUGCAGAAUCGUGGGGUGUCCUGUCGGGUCGAGACCAAAAGCAAAGAUUGUCAGACUGAAGAGGAUUGGAAGCCACAGGUUAUUGUGCUGCCUAUCCCUGUACCUGUAUUUGUGCCAGUACCAAUGAACCUAUAUUCUCAGAAAGUGCCUGUUCCUGUAUCUAUGCCAGUCCCGGUGCCUGUACCUAUGCUGCUGCCAACCACCCUAGAAAGUACUGAUAAGAUUAUUGAAACAAUUGAGGAGCUUAAAGCAAAAAUCCCAUCCAACCCACUUGAGGCUGACAUUCUGGCCAUGGCUGAAAUGAUUGCAGAAGCUGAAGAGCUGGACAAGUCAUCUGACCUUGGUGAGCUUGCCAGUGAUCAGAGUGCAGAAGGGCUGUUAGAAGACUGUGAUCUGUUUGGGCCAGCCCGGGAUGACGUUUUGGCAAUGGCUGUGAAAAUGGCAAAUGUGAUGGAAGAGCCAGGGCGGGACCUGGAAGCAGAUUUUCCUAAAAAUUCACUGGACAUUAAUCAGAGUGUGGAUUUCUUGUUUGACUGUGGUCUUGUGGGUUCAGAUGAUGCUGCUGAUCAGGAGGCCUCCAGAGUAUUACGAAAAGGCCCGAAGCGAAUGCUUGUGUCGGAAAAAGAGAGUGGUUCGAAGGAUUCCACAAUCAUUCGCAGCACCAACCUCAGCUUUACAUAUGGUGUAAAUGCCUGGAAAGCCUGGGUACAAAGGAAAUAUGAUGGAGUAGAGCCCAGUAAAGGCGAAGAACUCCGUUUUGGGCCAAAGCCGAUGCGUAUAAAAGAGGAUAUCUUGGCUUGCACAGCAGCAGAGUUAAACUAUGGCUUAGCACAGUUUGUGAAGGAAAUAACAAGACCAAAUGGAGACCGAUAUGAGCCAGACAGCAUUUACUACCUGUGUCUGGGCAUCCAGCAGUAUCUUCUAGAAAAUAACCGAAUGGUGAAUAUCUUUACGGACUUAUAUUAUCUAACGUUUGUGCAAGAGCUGAAUAAAAUACUGACUGCAUGGCAUCGCAGCCUGGCACCAAAUAGGCUGUCUUUCUCUCGUGUACAAGAGGAGCAUCUGUGGGACUGCAAACAGCUAGGUGUCUACUCUCCCUUUGUUCUCCUUAACACACUCAUGUACUUUAAUACCAAGUUUUUUGGGCUGCGCACAGCAGAAGAACACAUGCAGUUGUCAUUCAGUAAUGUUGUGAGACAUUCCCGUAAGUGCUCGACUAAUAGAGGCACCAUAAAGCUAGUUAGCGUCCGAUACUAUCCUCCAGUGCGACAGAAGAAGGGUAGAGAAAGCUCUGCAAAGCGGAAGCGAGAAGAUGAUCAACCUGUUCUAGAGCAGCCUGAGAACAAGAUGAACCCUUUGCGUUGCCCUGUGAAGUUUUAUGAGUUUUAUCUUUCCAAAUGCCCUGAAAACCUUCGUAACUCUGGGGAGCUGUUCUACCUUCAACCUGAAAGGUCUUGUGUUGCGGAAUCUCCUCUAUGGUACUCUGUUGUUCCCAUGGACAAGAGCAUGCUUCACAGUAUGCUGACUCGUAUUCUGGCUGUGAGGGACGUGUAUGAGGAGCAUACACGAGGGAGUGGUGAAACAGAGGACACAGACUAAGUGUGGGAUUAGAAGGCAUCCCUGUUGCACACAAAACUGAGUCAGCCCUGCACCCUUCCAUGUGAUUCUCCAGUGGACAGAAUCAGAAGAACUUGCAGGGUGACUAAAUGGAGCAGGGGUGAUCAGAAUAUGGUCUUCAUAGUCUACGAUAAGACAUGUUCUCUGCCAGAGCUAGGCUGGGGUUUAUCCCUUCUCAUUUCUUUCUGAACUUCUGUUCUGCAGCAGUGUAACAGAACACCCAUCUGUGCUCCUCCAGCAGUGAGCCUGAAUGACACGUUUGACUUCAUUGCAACUGUAGCUCUUGUGAACUCAAAUUGACUAUGUUAGGCAUAAAAACAAAAACAGACAUUUGUCUAGAACGCAAGAUCCAGUUUGUUUGAGGUUGGGAUUAAAUACACCAAUGUACUCCCACGUUUCCCUCCGUAUGACAUUAUACACCCUUCCACUUUUAUUUUUUUCAUUUUUUAUUUUUUUUGUUCCCCAUUUAGACACCAAGUGUCCCAUGUCACUUCACUGCAUCGUACUUUUCGAAGGGCCUAAAUUAGUGCACACAUUACCUAUGUCAAGAUUUUCCCAACUGAACUGCCUCUACAACUGUCUUAAGUUAAAUGUACUGUUUGGGCCUUUGAUACCAUUGCAUACAACUCGAGGGUUUGCUGUAAGAACAUGUGAGGGUUCUCCCUACCAGCAGGUGUCCCUGUGUCUCCUUGCCCUCUUGCAUUAACUCCUCCCACUCUCAGGGGAAUAGGGUUUCCAGUGCUGAUCCUGCCCUCCCUGCCUGCUCUCAGGACCUUCACCUGUUUGCCCUUAUGUCCCCAGAGCUGGCUGAUGUUCCGCCCAAGCCCUGCAUUGGCAAGUUACCUGACCAGAUUUGGUGACUGGAAUUCGUUGUGCGGGAUGCUUUUUAAAUCUACUUUAUUCUGGUUUUGUUCAGCUGCUGUUCGAAUAUGUACAUGUUUUUUUUUUUUUUUUUUUUUUUGCGUGUGCCCGCCUCAUGUUCGCAUACAUAAAUUGCUGGGCCCCGGCAGGACCCUUUGUGUGGGAGACAUCAGUUAAUUGGAAAUAAAAUUGUUUUAAUUC